ACUUUGCUGGCGCGGGCCUCGGCUGCUCGUGCGGCGUUUGCCUGGGCCGCGGGCGGGCGGCUGUUCCGGGGCCAGGCCUGGCGGCUCCCAUGGAUGACAGCAAGGUGCUCGGAGGCAAAGUAAAGAAACCAGGCAAACGAGGUCGUAAACCAGCCAAAAUAGAUUUGAAGGCAAAACUUGAGAGAAGUCGUCAGAGUGCGAGAGAAUGCAGAGCGAGAAAGAAGCUGAGAUACCAGUAUCUGGAAGAGCUGGUAUCAAGCAGAGAGAGAGCAAUCUGUGCACUUAGAGAAGAGCUGGAAAUGUACAAGCAGUGGUGCAUGGCAAUGGACCAAGGGAAAAUCCCCUCUGAAAUAAAAGCCUUGCUAACUGGGGAGGAGCAAAGCAAAGCACAGCAGAACUCAACCAAACUUGCCAAGGCUGGGAAGACAGAAACACACAGUAACAAUCCCUGGUGAAAGUUGUUCAGCUGAUAUGGAAGUCAUCGGUGAAUCCAAUCCUGCUUGGCAUCCCGUGAAAGAAUGGAGAAAAUUUUGCUUCAGAGUUCUGUUUGCUGUCUGUUCUGUGUGAUCUUUUCAAUUGUUACACCACAAAAAUCAGUGUUAAUAUCACCAUAAAGAGGUUGACACUAGCCCACAAAUGUAUAGAAAUUCAGAGGUAAGGCUGAAAUUCGAUUUUAACCAAUGCAUGCUUAAGUAUUGUAGCAUAUGUGACAUGUAAGAUCACCUGAUAUCGAUAUCCCUUCUGUAGGGAGGGGGAAGAGAAAAUUUCAGCCUUAACACUAAAUUUCCGUCUUGUUAAUACUAUGUAAUGUUCUCUUGGUUUUGGCUUUUUGUAUAAUUUAAUUUGUUUAUUACUUUUUAUGGUGGUUACUUGGGGGGGGGGGGGGACUUUUAAUCUGCAAGAAGAUAUGAGGCCUCAUGCUCCUGAUUUUGCAUCAGCAGACCAAGAUCAAGUUGAAUUUGUGUUUGUGGUAUGCAUAUGUGGCAUACAUUGUAACAUCUCCCUUUAACCAUUCUUGCAGAAGUUGUUAAUAUGUAUUAGUGAUACUGUCAUUUGCAUUGCUGUUCUCUGUCUUGUCUCCUUUAAAUUGUGACUAGAAAAUAUUAAGAGCAUUAUUUCUUUACUAAUGAAUUGCAGCAACCUCGUUUUUUUAAAAAGAAACACUGGUUUUCAGUUACUUUUGAAGUCCCUGAACUUACAGUGGGCCUGAUCCCUAGUCAAUGGAAGCUUUUCCUGGGUAGAAUGAAGGAGUAAACCCACUUGGUCUUAUGUUCCCCCUUAACUCAAGACUAGCUUUAAUUAAUUACACUGACUAUGUUAACUAUGGCUUCAAGCCAUAGUUCUUGCAUACGUAGGCUUGGCAGAAUUUGAUUUUUUUUUUAUAUAAUAUUGAUGUUUAUUUGUAAGUGUUUUUUCCUACUUUAGUGAUAUUUUUUACAGGUGCGCAAAAUUAUGGGUUUUAAGCAUUUUUUGAUUUCUAUAGAUUUAAAUAUUGACAAUUGCAGGAAAUUAUGGGGGUGGGUCAGAAAAUGGGGGUGAGGGGAGACAAUAAUCAAGAGUAGACAUAGAGAAUCAAAAAGUUAAAGCUUCAUAGCCAUUAAAAUAAAUUGUCAACAUCAUAUGUUGAAAUAUACAAAAUAAAUAUCCUUAAAUCAAACCCUGAUAAGAAAAAUGCUUCUUGAGAACUUACUUUGCUUAUCUGUAAAUUUCAGUUAUCAAUGGAAAUAUUUUUUUCAUAUGUUUGUGUAUGGUAAAAUUGACAUUUACAGACAUUGACCAAUAAAAAUCAAAUCCUUCCAAGCUUAUGUAUAUGCCAUGUUGUCUUUGGGUGGGGGAUAUAACAAAGUGAGGGUGGAAAAUGCUGACCAACCGUUAGCAACAGUGGAGCUAAGUGGCGCUCUGGUGAUAAAGUAAGAUUCCAUUCUGGGACAAGAGGCUAUAAGUGGAUUGCAAAAUGUAUGUUUCAAUGAACCAGCAUGUUUGAAGUAAAUACAAAGAUCAUCUUGGUAUGGA